AUGUGGCAGCUGGAGCGUCUGGGCUCAGGAUGUAGCCCUCCGCGGCUCCUCUUGCUUGUUUACACCUCUCUGUGCGCUCUUGGAGACUGCCUUUUUGUGACUGAAUACUUCACCCGUACGCCUCGUAAGCUGAAUGCUUUCAACUCCUUUGCCAGUGUGGAACUGUUCCACUUCAAUGUGCCUGACGACACCAUGAUGGCCGUAUGGAACCUCAUCACCUUCAAGGAGCAAGGGGGCACGUUUGGAGACAGCUGCCCUAACCGCAAUGUGACUGUGUACUUCAGGUCCGGGGCUCCUCCUGUAAUCAACCCCCUGUACACACAUUUCCCUCGGGACACAGUUGUCCCAGGAUCCUUUGCAGUGACUCUGACCUGGACUCUUCCAAACCGUACAACAGGAGCAUUCAAUGUGACCAGCCCUCUCCCUGGAGACUGGUUCCUAGCCGCACAUCUACCCAAGGAUGAAGGCAAGAUUUCAGUCAAGGGUCUAUCUGAAGAAUGCCAGUAUCUGUUCCAACCUCAGCUCAUUGUCCAAAAGCUGAUUGGGAUUUCAGUGCUCUAUCCUGGAUACUUCAUCGACCAGAUGAUCCCCGUCCACAACAGAUCUGCACUUUAUAAAGUGUUCAUCCCCAAUUAUAUAUCAAAGGUGAAAGUUCAGCUGGUAAACUGCAGCACCAAGAACAAGAGUAGCGACAGUUGUCCUGUGGUGCUGAAGAUAAGAGCGCGGGCGCCACCGGUGCAUAACUCAAGUGCCCUCGACUGCAGGGAGUGGAACCCUUGUGAAUUAGACACCCUUGUUCCUGCCUGGGAACAAUGGUACUACAUCCUGGUGGAGAGAUAUCUAGGAAACUAUGAUGUCUACUUCCGCAUCGGAGUGCAGGUGACAGAUUGCUCCAAGUCCAAUUUGUCAAAGGACCAAUCACAACCCGGCUCCUCAAUGAAUAUGCCGCAGUCUUUUGGAACAGCGAUGGGUUUCUCCUUGUCCGAUACGCUCUCAAUGGCGGCCCUGCCCAGCCUGUCGCAGAAUGCCAGUCACCUGCAUACCUCGGAGGACAGCAUCAUUUACCUCAACCCCACUGCCGACACAAACAAGUGCUGGCCCAUCCGUCCGACUCUGCGCAAUGAGCUGGACACCUUCUCUGUGCACUUCUAUGUCUUCUUUGGUCCAAAUAUAUCGAUUCCACCGGACAGGGCUGCUGUGUUCGCCAUCAACCUCAUGCCAGUUUUAGACAGCGGAGGAGUCCUCAACAUGGAACUCAAGCUCAACAUGUCUACACUGAAAGGUGCUAAUGUCACAGUGUUUGGCUGCCUGAACCACGGCAUGCCUCUCUUCCUGCGGGAAAACUCAUCACUGAAAUGUGAAUCAGAAUCUGUGGCCGGCUUUUCCCUUUCUGUGAACGCCUCUGCUAACAUCACCAAGCUGAGGAUCCCUUACCCACAAACAGGCACCUGGUACCUCAGUCUGCGCUCUCUAUGUGCCACUGAACAUGGAUUUGAAGCGUGCACCAAUGUCACUGCCGAGGUGUAUAUGCGCUCCUACCUGACACCAUGCAUCAAUGACUGUGGGACAUAUGGACAGUGCAAGCUUCUGCGCACCAACAACUACCUUUAUGCCGCAUGUGAAUGCAAAGCAGGCUGGGAUGGCUGGGGAUGCACAGACAACUCGGAGGCCUAUUCCUACAGUUUCCAGCUCCUCUCGACCCUGUUGCUCUGUCUCAGUAACCUGAUGUUCGUCCCGCCAGUGGCCAUAGCAAUCAGAAGCCACUACCUGCUGGAAGCUUCAGUCUAUAUCUUCACCAUGUUCUUCUCCACUUUCUACCAUGCAUGUGACCAGCCAGGCAUUGUGGUCUUUUGCAUAAUGGAGUAUGAUGUCCUGCAGUUCUGCGACUUCCUUGGGUCACUCAUGUCAGUGUGGGUCACUGUCAUCGCUAUGGCCAGGCUAAAGUCCAUCAUCAAACAGGUGCUGUAUCUGCUGGGGGCCAUGUCUCUGUCCAUGGCUUUGCAGCUGGACCGUCACGGUCUGUGGAACCUGCUGGGACCCAGUCUGUUUGCUCUUGGCAUCAUGGCGGUGGCAUGGACGGUGCGCACCAUCCGUCGGCGGCGUUGCUACCCACCCACCUGGAAACGCUGGGUGUUCUUCCUCUUCCCGGGUACUAUGAUCGCCACAUCUGCUGUGGCCCUCUACGCCUUCGUAGAGACAGAGGAGAACUACUUCUACAUCCACAGCAUCUGGCACAUGCUGAUCGCGGGGAGUGUGGGCUUUCUUCUUCCGCCUCGAGCCAAGCCUGACGCCAAGGUGACCCCGCUGAAGCGCAGGCGAGGCUGCGGCUAUCAGCUGUGCGUGAAUGAGCAUGAGGAGCUGGGCCUGGUGGACCCGGCCAUCAUCUCCAUCAACAGCAUCUGUACCAGCUGA